UUAUUCUCCUCCUCCUUCUUCACGGUUUGCUGUGAAUUGCAGCAAGUUCAAGUUCAUCAGAAUUUGACCCACAGUUAAUUAUACGCACGCAUUACAAUGGUGGUGGAGUUUACAGAAGAGCUCAACGUUGAGACCAGCACCAGGGGAGAUUAUCGAGAUUUCAUUCAGAAUUUGCGAAGACGAUUGGGAGUGAGAUCUUCUCACAAUCGUCCUGCUCUUGCUGUUCAACGGAACCCACCCACUCGAUUCUUCGAUUUGGUUUUACGGACCAAUGAUCAUUCUGUGAGUUUCAGGUUUCGAAUGGACAACCUCUACUUGCUUGGCUACCAGAUGGAAAACGGCCAAUGGUUAGAGUUCGACAACAGGGACCGGAACAAUCAACCGGUGCAUCUGAUUACAGAACCUGGGACCAACUUCCUAGGUUUCGAUGGAAGCUAUGGUGGACUAGAAAGAGCUGCUCAUCAGACGACCGAGCAGAUGAGAGUUGGGGUCCACAGCCUAGACUACGCUAUAAAUCAACUUGCUGUAACAACAAGCGGGGAAGCUAGGGCACGAAGUCUAGUUGUUGUGAUUAUGAUGAUUUGUGAGUCGACCAGACUCAUCCCAGUAUUUAACUAUGUGGCUGACAGUUUUGACAACAGGCCUCGCACUACUCGUGACAGUGAAGGCCAGAUCCAACCUUGGAUUAUGGACCUAGUUCGAAGUUGGGAUCCUUUGUCUUCAGCAUUGUUGCGUGCCGAUGCUUACCCAGAAGAAAGGUUUCAACUUGGACCAAACAACAUACGAAUCCCGCCAGAGAACAGAGAAAUAAGAACUAUGGCCGAUGCUAUAGCAAUACUAGGUAUCUUGUUGGGACUUUGCUUCUAUCCCAAAGGACCAAAAAGGUUGCCCCGCAUGGCCUCUGCUGAUGAUGAUGAUGGACAGUGUUUUCUAGGGCUACCACUUUUGCAAGUUUUCUCAGUGCAGAUCAACAACAUAGAUGGUGAGGAUCCUGGGCAACUCUAUGGCACAAUUAUACUUGAAAACGGACUAUACACACAAUUCAUAUACAACCGCACAAGUGACAACUGAGUCCAUCAAGCCUGGUCAAAAUGC